AAAAAAAUUCACACAGACCGACACUAAUUCCCCACACAAAAAUAACAAGACAAAAAAUCCUGACCCCAACAACAACAAAAAAGUGAUCAAAAAUUUAUUUUCCGGACUUUGGACAUUCUACACAUUAAGCGUUAAUCUGAACCAGCGCUUUUUUAUUUUGUCAAAGGGGAGAGUUUAAAUAACGGGGCCCUAAAAAAGGGCCCCACACUUAAUUCUUCCGCCUUAAGGCGGCAAUAAGGGGAAUAAGAUGGAGCAGUUUGAACAACUGCUCACAUGCGCGAUCUGUCUAGAUCGUUAUAGAAACCCAAAACUCCUGCCAUGUCAACACAGUUUUUGUAUGGAGCCAUGUAUGGACGGGCUUGUCGAUUAUGUGAGACGACAAGUAAAAUGUCCAGAAUGUCGGGCAGAACAUCGUAUCCCUUAUCAGGGUGUGCAGGCAUUCCCGACGAACGUGACGUUACAACGGUUUCUGGAAUUGCACAUCGAAAUAACGGGAGAGCUCCCGGAUCCGACGAGCGGUCAGACAAUGGAACGCUGUGGCGUAUGUUCUGAGAAGAGUUACUGCUCACUCUGCGUCCAUUGUGAUAAAAAAUGUUGUCCUGAGUGCAAGGAUGCACAUAUGGACAUACUCAGACGUGAGAUAACACGUAUCAACUCACAGAUAAGACGCGGCCUUCAUCGUCUCCAAGAUGCAUUGGCACUUGUUGAAAAAAAUACCUCCGGUCUGCAGACAAACUGCGCGUCUGUUGCCGAAGAAGUUGAUGAAAUUUAUCGACGACUGAGUAAAGCUCUGAAGGAUCGUACAGAACACCUGCGUAAUGAGGUUGAACGUUACUCCGGCACAGAGUUACGUAGUUUAAUUCAAUUAAAAGAAAAUUUAGAACUCGAAAUAGCAAAUAUCCAAAGCAAUUGUGAUCUCGCUGACGCUCAUAUCAAUGAAAAUGUACCUUGGGAUGACGCGGAGCUGCUUGAUACUAAGGAAUUAUUUCUUCGUACGGUUGAAUUUAUCAGAAACUUUGAGUACGAGGCUGGGGACUAUGGCCGUCGUGUGCGUUUCGUAAUGGCCCAUGAUCCCAAUCAGUUGGUACUACAUGUUGCGGGGUAUGGAGAGCUAAACAUUAAGCCGGAAACUGGAAGCACCGGGCACUUAGGUACCACUGGGGGAUUAGCGCCUCCUGGGGGACCUCCUGGACUGAUGAGGAGCAAAAGCGAUCAUCGUCUUGCUUCACAGUAUCGCCAGCAAGAAGAGGAACGAUUGACGAGGAAUCGUUAUGCUCCUGAUUACGAAUAUGACACACCAGAAUAUGAAACACCGAGAAAUAAAUCACGUUAUCGCAGUCGUUUCAUGCGUCACCGGGACGGCGAGGAAUCUGACGGCGACACAAGAUCGAGCGUACGUUUCACAUCGUCGACGGAUUCAAAUCAACGGGAAAAGGUAUUAGACACAGAGGAUGCCGCACGCGGACCAUUGUCUGGUAUAUUUCGCUUAACCGAUUCACCGAGGGUUAUGAAAAAGUUACAAGAGUGUGAGAGAGCGAGUAAACGCAAAAAAGAUGAGCCACCGGCUGCUGUAACACCCACAGCCGCUCCUACUCAAACUCAAACACCCAAAACCCAGGUACAGCCAAAAAAAAAUCCAUCGGUCGCUAAACAGACCAGCGAAGAUGACGAGAUUUCCAGAAUAAAAAAACAGAAUAAAAAUAAUCCAACUCAAACGGAAACUGUCGAGGAGAGACAAUCAGUACCUGCAACACCGACUUCUGUCAGUUCACCGGUGACACGUGAAAGUGAACGCGAAACAGAAGAAGUUAUUCGUAGACCGACAAUUGUUAGUAGGAGGACAUCUUCAGAAGCUCAUACACCUGGAGUGCGAAGCGCAUCAUCGGAUUCAAGUACUGGAUCUGAGAGUUCAACGGGCUCUGGAAUCCGAAGUACCGGCGCAACCUUCACAGCUGAGGAGAUGAAACAGAAGUACCUCUCAAGAGCGCCCCCGUCUUCUACCAACACAACUAGUAAUGUCAAUAGUGUUGCCAAUCCAACAACAAACGUCACAAGUGCCCGUGAGAGCGCCGUUACGACGACCCCCAGUCCCCGGCCGCCAUUUCAAAGCCGUUUUUUAGGUGCAGGUAACCGCUCAACUCCAGCAGUCCCAACCCCAGCACCAAUCGUUGAGCCGAAAAAGGAAGAGGACGAUGACACCUCCAGCUCGUCUGAAGAAACGGAAACCGAGACCGAGGAGUCCGAAACAGAGACUCGAAGUUCAGCUCCUGCUAGCACUGAGCGAACUCGGGAAGUUGCGAUGGCCAGAACCGAUAUCGGACCGUUAUUGGCACGAAGUGCCGAAGCACGACGUGGCAGCAAAGAGGAAUCACCGUCAACUAGAUAUUCAUCACCACGAGGUAGUCCAGCUCUUUCAACAUCAUCACCAACAGGAAUGUCAUCACCAAGCGGCUAUACCAGCAGAUUUCUGAACAAGAGCAGAAGCCAAGCGGCGGUUACAGCGCCGCGGGAAAGAGAGCGUGAACCGGAACCGGAAGUCGAGCCACUGUCACCGCGUUCACGUUACGCGGCACUAAAAGAACGCCGUCAACGAGUGGCACGAUCAAGAAGCUCACACAAUUUUGGCAACGAUGACAUUGAUUUGGACGAGGAUCCACCGUCGCCCACAACCCAAUCGCCCAACGCCUAUCUGGCAGCUAAAUAUGGCGCCGGCUCUGAAUUGGCGCGCAGUCGCAGCACCCAUGCGCUCAAGUCACGUGACCCGAGUCCUGAGCGUGAUCGCCCGGGAAUGGAGAAAGAUGGCGCCGCACUCAGCUCAUGGGCUCGCUAUCUCAAGAACAAAUAUGGCAACAGGAGCACUAAGGACAAAGAGCCCACCUCUACAUCAUCGAUUCCAUCCUCUAGCACCAGCGCUGCAUCACGAAGACUAUCACUGGGAUUACCCUUAAGACACGCCGGUCAAACUUCAUUCGAAUCUUCUGACGACGACCAAAAAAACCCGUCAGGCUCCCCCACGUCUCCUACAGCAGCUCAAGGUAUCCCCGCGGUAGCAGGUUCCUCCACUAGGGGCCAGUACCUGCUGAAGCGGAGACAGCUGUUGAAAUUUGGGAUGCGGGGGAGCGGAGCCGGAUGUUUCACUUGGCCACGUGGCCUUGCGGUCGGUCCCGACAACUCGAUUGUCGUCGCCGACAGCUCAAAUCAUCGUGUGCAAGUUUUCGAUGGAAACGGAAACUUCAUCAAGGAGUUCGGUACUUAUGGCAGCGGCGAGGGCGAAUUCGAUUGCUUGGCCGGUGUCGCAGUGAACCGGAUCGGGCAGUUCAUUAUCGCCGACCGUUACAAUCAUCGUAUUCAGGUUCUCGAUCCGUCAGGAAGAUUUUUACGCGCUUUUGGAUCACAGGGCACGGGCGAUGGACGAUUUAAUUAUCCGUGGGGUAUCACCACUGAUGCAUUGGGAUUUAUUUAUGUUUGCGACAAAGAAAAUCAUCGGGUCCAAGUUUUCCAGUCUGAUGGAACAUUUGUUGGUAAAUUUGGAUCAUGCGGUAGUGGACGUGGGCAAUUAGAGCAUCCUCAUUACAUUGCCGUCAGCAACACAAAUCGAGUUAUUGUCAGCGACAGCAACAAUCAUCGCAUACAAAUUUUUGAUGUAGGCGGUCGUGUGCUGACGGCCUUUGGUUCUGAAGGUUCCGAUGACGGGCAAUUCAAAUUCCCACGUGGUGUUGCGGUCGACGAUCAAGGAUACAUUAUUGUCGCUGAUUCUGGUAACAAUCGGAUUCAAAUAUUUACGCCCGAGGGUGCAUUCCUGAGAGCUUUCGGGAACUGGGGCAGCGGAGACGCCGAAUUUAAAGGCCUCGAGGGUGUUGCCGUAACUUCUGCCGGCAGUAUCGUCGUCUGCGAUCGCGAGAAUCACCGAGUUCAAAUUUUUUAAAUAAUUAUUUAUGCUUCAAUGGAUUUUUUUUUAUUUUUUCCUCUAUUUUAAUAAAACAAUUAAACCCUAACCUCGUUCGAAAAAAAUUUAUCAACACUAAAGUUUUUUUAUUUAUUGCAGUUUUACUUUACGUUAUUAAUCAGUCACGAUAUUUAAAUAUUUAUUACCGUAUGAUAUAUUUAUUAACAGUGGCACGCGAAUCAUAUAUAUCAACAAUAAAAGUUAAUUUACUUUGUAUUCAGUGGCAAAAGUUUGUACCGUUUGUAUGCUUUUAAAAUAAAUUGUUGGCUAGAUCGUGAUAAGUAUCAAAUAUAUUAAAAAAUUUAGGCAAUCAGUCGGAAAUUUUAUUUUAACCUUAAAGUUUUAUUAUCAUGUUGAGUAAUCAUUUAAUUGAAGAGUUUAAAUAAGAAUGAGGAUGUGUAAUGAGUUUAUAAAACGCUUGCAUUUUUUGAUCUUAUUAAAUGUAAUAAUUCAAAAUAAUUAAAUGAAUUUUUGAAUAAAAAUUAUGAAAAAUGUACUU